AUGGCAUGGAUUCGAGCUGGAUCUUGUCUCAGGAAGCUUGCAAUUAGAAAAACUCUGCAACAGGGUAGAUCAUAUGCAGCAAGAACAGGGCACUCUGUUUUUCCAUUACAAAAUCAGCGUUUUCAUUCGUCGGUUUUCAAAUCAGGGCCCGAAUCCGGACCCGUUCCUCGAUCGGUCCCACUUUCGCGGUUAUCCGAUAGUUUCUUGGAUGGAACCAGUAGUGUGUACCUGGAAGAGCUUCAAAGAGCCUGGGAAACCGACCCGAAUAGCGUCGAUGAGUCGUGGGACAAUUUCUUUAGGAACUUUGUCGGUCCAGCCGCUUCGUCCCCCGGGUUAUCGGGUCAGACUAUUCAAGAAAGUAUGAAGCUGUUGUUGCUUGUGAGAGCUUACCAGUUUCACGGUCACAUGAAAGCGAAACUGGACCCGUUGGGGAUCGAGCAACGGUUGAUUCCGGAGGAUCUAGACCCCGGUUUUUACGGGUUCGGUGAGUCUGAUCUCGACCGUGAGUUUUUCCUCGGUGUAUGGAGGAUGUCAGGGUUUUUAUCCGAAAACCGACCCGUGCAGACCCUUAGAGCGAUAACGACUAGACUUGAACAGGCUUAUUGUGGCAGCAUUGGUUAUGAGUACAUGCACAUUGCGAACCGCGACCGAUGUAACUGGUUGCGGGACAAAAUCGAAACCCCGUCGCCAACGCCUUAUAGUAGUGAGCGGCGUCAGGUUAUACUCAGCCGGCUCAUUUGGAGUACUCAGUUCGAGAACUUUUUGGCUACCAAGUGGACUGCUGCUAAGCGGUUUGGGCUCGAGGGUGGCGAGACAUUAAUCCCAGGAAUGAAAGAGAUGUUUGACCGGUCAGCGGAUCUAGGCGUUGAAAACAUCGUGAUCGGGAUGUCUCACAGAGGACGGUUAAACGUGUUAGGUAAUGUUGUUAGGAAACCGCUACGUCAGAUUUUCAGUGAGUUUAGUGGCGGGACGAAGCCCAUUGAUGAAGCCGGGCUUUAUACUGGGACCGGUGAUGUUAAGUAUCACUUAGGAACAUCAUAUGAUCGGCCCACGAGAGGCGGAAAGCAUAUACAUUUGUCGUUGGUUGCAAACCCGAGUCACUUGGAAGCCGUCGAUCCUGUUGUUAUCGGUAAAACUCGAGCGAAACAGUAUUACUCGAACGAUGUGGACCGAACGAAGAAUAUGGGUAUUUUGAUCCAUGGUGAUGGGAGCUUUGCAGGACAAGGUGUAGUGUAUGAAACAUUGCAUCUAAGUGGUCUACCAAAUUACACAACUGGUGGCACUAUUCACAUUGUGGUCAACAAUCAGGUUGCUUUUACUACUGAUCCAAAAUCAGGAAGAUCUUCACAGUAUUGUACAGAUGUUGCUAAAGCAUUGGAUGCUCCCAUUUUCCACGUCAACGGUGAUGAUGUGGAAGCCGUUGUUCAUGCUUGCGAGCUUGCAGCCGAGUGGCGCCAGACGUUCCAUUCGGAUGUUGUGGUUGACAUCACUUGUUAUCGUCGGUUUGGACAUAAUGAAAUUGAUGAACCCUUUUUCACCCAACCUAAAAUGUACAAGGUUAUCAAGAGCCAUCCUAACGCCCUCGAAAUUUACCAAAAGCAGCUUCUUGAAACGGGACAAGUUACGAAAGAAGAUAUUGACAGAAUACAAAACAAAGUUUUAUCGAUCUUGAACGAAGAAUUUGUGGCAAGCAAAGAUUACACGACGCAGAAAAGGGAUUGGCUUUCAAACUACUGGGCAGGAUUUAAGUCCCCGGAACAGCUUUCACGUAUUCGUAACACCGGGGUCCAACCAGAGAUCUUGAAGAAUGUCGGGAAGACGAUCACAACACUUCCGGAAAACUUCAACCCUCACCGAGCAGUGAAAAAGAUAUUUGCGGACCGUUUAAAGAUGAUUGAAACCGGAGAGGGUGUUGACUGGGCCGUUGCAGAAGCACUUGCUUUCGCAACACUGUUGGUGGAGGGGAACCACGUGCGGUUAAGUGGUCAGGAUGUGGAAAGAGGUACUUUCAGUCACAGGCAUUCGGUUAUCCACGAUCAAGAAACCGGGGAGCGUUACUGUCCGUUGGCUCAUGUGAUGAAGAAUCAGCAUCCGGAAAUGUUUACCGUUAGCAAUAGUUCUCUUUCGGAGUUCGGUGUUCUAGGAUUUGAAUUGGGGUACUCAAUGGAGAAUCCAAACUCACUUGUGUUAUGGGAAGCCCAGUUUGGUGAUUUUUCGAACGGAGCCCAGGUGAUGUUUGACCAGUUUUUGAGCAGUGGUGAGGCUAAGUGGCUGCGACAGACCGGGUUAGUCGUGUUGCUGCCGCAUGGUUAUGAUGGUCAGGGCCCUGAACAUUCUAGUGCACGCCUCGAACGGUUCCUUCAGAUGAGUGAUGAUAAUCCUGUUGUUAUACCUGAGAUGGACCCGACACUUCGAACACAGAUACAAGCAUGCAACUGGCAGGUUGUAAAUGUCACAACGCCCUCGAAUUAUUUCCAUGUCUUGCGUAGGCAGCUGCAUAGGGAAUUCCGUAAACCGCUCAUCGUGAUGUCUCCUAAGAAUUUGCUUCGCCACAAAGAGUGCAAGUCGAAUCUAUCAGAGUUCGACGAUGAGAAAGGUCAUCCGGGGUAUGACAAACAAGGGACCAAGUUCAAACGUCUCAUCAAGGAUUAUAACCGUCACUCUGAUCUCGAAGAGGGCAUUAGACGUUUAGUUCUUUGCUCAGGAAAGGUUUAUUAUGAACUUGACGAACAACGAAAGUCAGUCGAUGGAAAAGAUGUUGCGAUUUGUCGGGUGGAACAACUUUCCCCGUUCCCAUACGACCUGAUCCAACGUGAACUAAAGCGUUACCCAAACGCAGAGAUCGUUUGGUGUCAAGAGGAGCCGAUGAACAUGGGGGCAUUUGCAUACAUUGCUCCCCGCCUUGCUACAGCCAUGAAAGCAGUGGACCGGGGUAGCAUACAAGACAUCAAAUACGUGGGCCGUGCUCCAUCAGCUGCGACAGCAACCGGGUUCUAUGGAGUUCAUGUCAAAGAACACUCUGAGAUAGUCCAGAAAGCGAUGCAGCCUGAGCCCAUCACCACCCCCGCCCUUGCUUGACCCGAUCUACAACAGAUCACAACCGAAGUUAAUAAAGGCGCACCAUUGAUGAGCCAACACGGACCAAGAGUGUUGUAUGUUGCAGCGUAGUCUCAUUUACGUGGGCUUCAAGUAAUCUCAUAAGUGAAAUAAGUGAUAAUGGCUGGGUUGUCUUGUAAUUAUGAAAAUAAUUAUGAGU